GGAUGCGGGAACGGAUUUUCUCAACACAGGGAACCCGAAACCUUCCAGUCUGUUACACCCCCUGCCCUAUUAGGAAGAAGCCGGCUUUCCAAAAUGGCGUCCGGUGAUGGUCGUGGAUGGCCAAAUACGAAAGAUGACUACAAACUACAAGAAGUCAUAGGUUAUGGCGCCACGGCGGUCGUGCAGGCUGCUAUUUGCGAGUCGAAGAACGAGAGAGUUGCAAUCAAGAGGAUCGAUUUGGAGAAAUGUGGAGCUAGUAUUGACGAAAUGAUGAAAGAGAUUCAUGCAAUGAGUCAGUGCAACCAUGAGAAUGUUGUCAAUUACUACACCUCUUUUGUUGUGCGUCAAGAGCUCUGGAUUGUCAUGAGACUUCUUAAUGGAGGUUCAAUGCUAGAUGUGAUCAAGCAGAGAAUCAAGCAACAGCCAGGCCUUGUAGAUGAAGGUGUCUUGGAGGAAGAUAUCAUUGCUACUGUGCUAAGGGAGGUGCUCAAGGGACUGGAAUACUUCCACAAGAAUGGAUUAAUUCACAGAGAUGUGAAGGCUGGUAACAUUCUUUUGGCCACAGACGGAUCAGUACAACUAGCUGACUUUGGAGUGAGCUCUGCAAUCAGUGAUUAUGGUGACCGUACAAAGCCAAAGAUGAGGAAGACAUUUGUAGGUACCCCUUGCUGGAUGGCUCCUGAAGUGAUGGAACAGGUACAUGGCUACAAUCACAAGGCUGACAUCUGGAGUUUUGGAAUCACCGCCAUAGAGCUAGCUACUGGCACAGCUCCCUAUGCUAAAUUCCCAGCAAUGAAGGUCUUGAUGCUAACUCUCCAGAAUGAUCCACCCAGAAUGGAGACAUGUGCUGACGGGUCAACCAGAGAUUACAAAAAGUACUCCAAAGUCUUCAAGAAAAUGGUUUCUCUUUGCCUUCAGAAGGAACCAGCAAAUAGACCAGAUGCCAAUGAGCUUCUCAAGAAUCCAUUCUUCAAAAAGGCUAAGGGAAAGGACUAUCUGAGCGAAGCCUUAGUUCCUCUGAUGCCCCCCCUUGGUGAACGCUCACAAAAGGUUAAGCGUGUACCUGGGUCAAGCGGUAGACUGCAUCGCACAGAAGAUGGUGAAUGGGAGUGGUCUGAUGACGAGGGAGAGAAGGAUGGAACGGAGGUAGAUACAGAUGACGAGAUUUUAAAAGAUGGUGCUGAGCCUACUCCUGAGGUAACGCAAGCCCAAGAAUCAAGCCCACCUCUACCGGACAUUCAAGUAGAACCCUCCAGCACUCAAGGUAAAUCCGCCCCUGCACAGUUAGAUUUAACAUUAAGACUAAGAAAUGAGAAGAAAGAACUCAAUGACAUAAGAUUCGACUUCACAUUUGGCAAAGAUACUGCUGAGGGCGUUGCCCAGGAGCUGGUGUCCGCCGGUCUCAUAGAUGGUCAAGACUUGGUCAUAGUCGCUGCAAAUUUACAGAAGGUAGUGGAUGAACCCCCAGAGAGCAAAUUCUUAACGUUUCCGUUGAAAUCCUCCGGCACCAGCGAAACACCAGACGAAAAAGCCCUCAUCGGCUUUGCACAACUCACAAUACACUAGCCGCUAGACCUGCGAAAUAACGCGAAUUACUAAAAAUGUCGGUACUAUUAUCUAGCAUUUUUAUAUGAAUACACGCUGAUUGCGUGUUAUAGGAAACUACUGUUUGUUGGAGGAGGAGUGCUGGUGACAAACUUCGAGUAGGCAAAUUUGGAAUCGGUCAAAGUACUCUUGAUUAACAAGAGAUUUUUUCCGGGGUAUCCGGGGUAUCCAGUGACUACCCUCAGGCGGCAAGAAAAUGUUGAUGAAAAACCGGUGUCUUGACUUUGCCUGCAUUAAAUGAGAAAAUUAUUGUGAAAUAGAACAAAACUCACUGAUCUGCACGAUAUAAAUGACGCAAUACCAGGAUAUAAAAUCUUCCCCAUUUCAUUCUGUUCUAAGAUGAUUCUAGCUGCCUAAGAUGUUGGUUUUUUAAUUCCCGUUUUAAAACAUAACUGUAUCCAGGAUAUCUUUCCAUAAAUUUGACAAUGUUACAACAGUGUAUUUCUCAAAAACUAUAAAAGAAUUUCCCUGAGAGUAAUUAAAUUGUUUUUUAAGAGUCAAUGGUUACGACCCGAGUGUAUAAGAACUCCGGAAAAGUAAAAAAGAUGUUUCAAAGAGAACGAUGUUAAUUGAAAAAUGGAAAAUGAAAAAAUAAAAUGGCGAAAUAGACUGCA